UGCUAAUUCGUCUGCCAAGUGAAAGAUAGCUUUAUUCGGCUGGAUACGUAGCAUUAUUUCAGUUAGUCUUCGUCGGCACCGGCUGCAAGUCACUUCCAAUUCGCUGCACGCCGGCAGAAACCCACAAUGUUUAAGGCUGCUUUCCUCUUGACCUUUAUGGUCUACUGCGCUGCCUCGGAGCGCAUCAGCAACGUGGAAUCGCCGUCAUGGAACCGGCGUACCACCACCGAAGACUAUGGCUACCUGUCCGGCCGUGACCGGGACUCUUCGCGCUGGGGCUCCUCCGGCAGCAGCUACGACCGCGACAACGACCGAUGGGGCAGCGCCACCGAACGACCCGGCUCGCACCGCUUCACCUACAGCUGGGAACGGGACUCCACGCGCUCCUCAUACUUGGAUCGCUUCACCACGCAGUCGCCCUACGACAGCGACCGCUAUGACCGAUACGAUUACAGCAGCCGCCGGCCCAGCUACCAAACCGACCGAUGGGGAGACGCAAUUGGAGGCACCACCCGCAGCCCCUACGUCACCUGGUCCUCGGGGCGGGAUGCCACUGAUCGCUGGGGAAAUCGCGCCACGACCGACCGCUGGGGCUACCGAGAUACUACGGACCGUUGGGGAUCCAGUGGAUCAGGAUCGGGAUCUUAUUGGGACCGCACCACUUCCCGCUGGGGCUCUGGUCACGGCAGCAACAACGAUCGCGAUCGUUUUGACCGCAAUGAGGCAUAUGUCCGCAUCAUUGCCGAGCUGAAGAAGCUGACCAACGACAAGGGCCUCACUAUUGACGGCAGCAAGUGCGACACCUUCGGACAAUGCGAUCCCGUCUUCAAGGUCUACCUCGAUACUGAACGCCCCAACGCUGAGUUCCCCGGUGCCCGCGACUCCAAGUACUGGCCGACCGUCUUCCACGUCGACGACAGCAACAGCCCAGACAUCCGCAACGGAACCGUCACCCGCGACGUCUGUGGUGUUCCCUAUCGUGAUGCUACCCUGCGCGUGCUGGUUGAGGACAAGGACGGCCUUUCCUCCAAUGACAUCAUCAAUAACUUUGACUGCAGCAUCACUCGGGAGCCGGACAGCAGCGAGACCUUCGCCAUGUGGCACGACGGCGUGUGCACGGCAAAGAAGCAGGGCGAUAAGAUGAAGUUGACCUUCCGCUACAAGGUUUUCGUCAUUCCUCGCAGCCGCUGCGAUCCCAACUCAGGAGCCCUGGGUGGAACCACCACCAAACGGCGCCAUUAGACUACCCUUUGGCAAUCAGCUGUAGUUAUAAAAUUAAUACAAUAGAGAUUUAUUGAGCGAUGUGAUUUUCGGCUUGGUUUUGAUUUGAACCGGCUUUUGUCUACGGCAGACAACUGGUUGUUUAACGUACCGAUGCUGCAUGUACAAUUCAUAUGCGACGUCGAUUGUGAUUUAUGUCUUGCUUAUAGAAUUAUAUAACGUUUGUGAUUCGUACAAAAAAUAUGCAAAUAAGAAUCGAAUAUGCAUCAA